CACUCACUCUCGGAGCAGAUCAGAUCUGGACGCCGUUAUUUAUCCUCUCUCUAUCUUUGAUCUUUGAUGCUUUAUUGCACCAUGUCUCUCACAUCUAUCCUUUCCGCUGAUGCCAUCGAAGGCGCGCUCAAGGACUGCCAAGCGCCAGACUCCUUCAGUCCCAAAAAGUUCUUCCAGCUGUGUGGCAUGACAAAGAAAAGCCCUCAGGAGGUGAAGAACAUCUUUAACAUCCUGGACAACGAUGCCAGUGGAUUUAUUGAGGAGGAGGAACUCAAGUUUUUCUUGCAGAGGUUCUCAGCUGGUGCCCGCGUGCUGACCGAUAAAGAGACCAAGGCUUUCCUGGCAGUGGCUGAUGAUGAUAGUGAUGGCAAGAUUGGAGUGGAAGAAUUCCAGGCAAUGGUUCUGCCAUGAGCAGGGGUGCCGCCAGAAAUUCUGGGCCCUAUGGAAACCAAAAUUUCUGGGCCCCCUACAUUUUUUACAGAUAAAAUGUAACCCAAUAAACAUGCCCUGUAUACUUGAAAAAAAGAUACUUAGCACAUUGCAUAGUUAAAAUGUCUAAAGAUGAGUACAAAGCCUACAAAAACAAGAAAAAAAUAUAGAAAUAUGUACUUGUUUACAUAAAAGGGAGAACAUUUAUUAUCUCAAUUGCAAUAUUAUAUGAAACAUAUAACUAUACAACACAAGAAAAAAUUUUGACAAUCCAAAACAUGAUUAGUUUUUUACUACCUUGGUAGCUGACCCUGUUCACCUUACCUG